AUGUCUAUUUGGGAUACCCUCUCUGGUCGGAAGACCUCACAUUCUUCCGUAACUACCCACUUCGACCCUAGCUCUGCCCAAGAUGCCUCCUCAUUCCUCUCAGGUCCCGCGAUGCCAGACCCAUCGCUAUUACACCCGCUCGCAGGUUUGAACCAAGACACGCUAGAUUACCUUUCCCUGGAAGACUCUGCCCUCGACGAUCUUCCCGGUUCUCGUUCCGCACUUCCGUCAAGGGGAUGGUCAGACGACCUUAGUUACGGAACGGGAACUACGUAUCUAACGGCUCUGUCACUUGGGGGCCUCUGGGGUCUGGUUGAAGGACUCAAGAAGACCCCAGUCACAGCGCCGCCGAAACUUCGACUGAAUGGUGUUCUCAACUCGAUUACCCGAAGAGGCCCGUUUCUGGGCAACUCCGCAGGUGUGAUUGCGAUGGUAUACAAUGGGAUUAAUUCGACUCUGGGGCAUUUCAGAGGCAAGCAUGAUGCGGCAAAUAGUAUAUUGGCGGGUGCUAUGAGUGGCAUGCUGUUCAAAAGCACUCGAGGCCUACGCCCUAUGAUGAUAUCUGGCGGAAUUGUGGCCAGCAUCGCUGGUGCUUGGGCUUUGUUCAGCAGCCCAGGAAAUCACCACCAACCUCAUGAGGAAUUCUCUCGUGUUUGUGGAAAGUCCGAUGCUCUCUCACAGCAUGUCGACUUACGCAAGCACGAGAAUAUUUUGCGGAGUGUUUGUAGGUACAAUGUCAACGCAUUGGUUGCCGGGCAAACAACUAGAGCUAGAGGCAAAAUGGAGUCUACCAUUGGGGACAAUGAAAAGCGGAUGGCAACAGUUGAUGAUAUGAUAAACUGGCUUUGGCACAAGGGGAACUAUGAGGGACACGUUGGCUGGUCUGCAGAAUGGAAUCCAGAUAGUAUUUUUGGAACUUCUCAUUUGGGGCCACGCGACAUGUGUAUGUCGACAAUCAACAUAGGAGGAGAUGCUGACGAGCUACAGCUGAGUUCUCGUAUGGGCACAGGAGUCAACGAAGAGUUUCGAGAAGUUGUAGAUAGGGAGGCGCAUGAAGAGCACGUGAAAAACAUGAUCAAGAAACAUAUAAAACUUAUACCAGGGGCCGUUCAAGAAAUCGAUCAACGGCUUUUGAAGACGGGGGUAUCCGCGGAGGAGAUCGCGUCUCUCAGCUCCGGGCGAGCGACGGAUGCAUACAAGAAGUUGGCCAGGUUGGACGAAGCGACAGGGAAAUGUGUUCCGUCAACUAGGGUACAAUUUCGUGUUAUGUCUGAUCUUCUACCAGGCGAAUGGAUGGCAUUUGAUAUAUACCUUCCUAGGUCUUGCCAGCUAGAAGACUUUGAGUGCGCAAUGCUGCGCCAUGGCCUCGUGAUGCAUUUGAACCUUGCAGCAUUGCCUUCGGAUGAUAGUUCACCUGCAAAUGUGGUAGACUCUCAAGCAGCAUCCCUGGCUGGAAGUGGAUCCCGAGCCUUUGUCAAGAAGCGGGGAUGUUACCAGAAAGUCUGGUCCUACAAGAUAGCUGGGCGGAUUAUUGAUGAUGAUGAUGAUGAUGAUGAUGAUGCAGACAUGGAGAACUUGGAGGGUUGGAAAGCUCUCUGUGAUGAGGCUGAUUUUGGGGAACUCAUGCAGGCGCUUCUAGGAGGGGAAUCACAACAAGCGAAAAUGGCGGUUGUUUGUCAUGAAACAACCCUUGAAGCCAAGAAGACGGAAAAGGAAAGGCCUGCUGACCUCGACGUGGCGGCCAAACUCAAACAUUACACGUGGGAUGGUAGGUUGGACGAACUACACCGACAGUGGAGACGAUGUUGCUGA